UUUAUACACCUGAGCAAUUGAGGGUUAAGGAUCUUUGUGUGUGUUUUGUCUUGUGAUGGACUGAAGUAUUCCUGUCUUGAAUUGUAUUAAAAUGAUUGUUAGAUUUUUCAAACCCCUAUUCUUUGCAGUAAAAUGUAAUGAAAAGGCUUCCAUGGAAACCUCCGUUUAUCAUCUCAGCCGUGUACAGCUGUUAAUAAUGAGGCAGUGUGAUAGAGAGGAUAAGAAGCAUUCCAGCUUCCUGGGUUGUGUGUAGCAGAGGCAAUCACUAUGUAAAAAAAUAAGAGUAAUUGUGUCCACAGAAACUAUAACAUUUAGAUGCGGACUGCAUUUGUCAAUUCACAUUUUACUGCAUUGUUGGUUUGAUAAUUAUUUAAAUAUAUAUCAUAAAAUUAAUCAAUACUAUUUUGAGCAAGAUAUUAUGAAAAGAAUAAUCACAAUCCAGAAAAAUGCCAAUGAGCCAUUUUAGUGGCCCAAGGAGUCGGUUCUACGCCGAAUGAUCUGAUUCACUGGGAACAGCCUCUAAAUUCCCACCUCUAACUGAGCGCAUCACACUGGCUCCAUACAAGUUUCUCCCUCUAGUGUGCUUUACUAAAAGCCGAUUACUCGGUGUUCUCUCAGCUGGACUGAGUUCAAAUCCAGCUUCAGCAUGAGUAAUAAGGACCUGAUUACUUUUCUGGAUGUCGAUUCGAGCGAGUCUCUGGUGCCGAAGCUCUCCACACCGGGCUUCGUUGCGCUCUCGGUUUUUUUGGGCUUUAUAAUGACUUUCGGCUUUUUGAACAACUUCGUCGUCUUGGUGCUUUUCUGUAAAUUUAAGAAACUGAGGACGCCGGUGAACUUGCUCCUGCUGAACAUCAGUGUGAGUGACAUGCUGGUGUGUUUAUGUGGCACGACCAUGAGCUUCGCGUCUAGUGUGCGCGGCCGCUGGCUGCUGGGGAGAACCGGCUGCAUGUGGUACGGCUUCAUCAACUCCUGCUUCGGUAUUGUGUCUCUAAUAUCCUUGGUGAUUUUGUCUUAUGAGCGCUACAGCACAAUGACAGUGUAUAACAACCGUGGACCAAACUACCAUAAGCACUUGCUGGCAGUUGGGGGCUCAUGGGUGUACUCUUUGAUUUGGACAGUGCCACCCCUGCUGGGCUGGAGUAGUUACGGUUUAGAGGGAGCUGGCACUAGCUGUUCAGUGACAUGGACCGAUAACUCCUCAAAAUCCCAUUCCUACAUUAUCUGCCUGCUCAUCUUCUGCCUGGGUCUGCCAGUGCUGGUGAUGGUGUACAGCUAUGGCAGACUGCUAUAUGCUGUCAAACAGUUAGGGAAGAUUCGUAAGACAGCUCGAAGGAGAGAUUACCACCUGCUGAUUAUGGUCAUCACAACGGUGGUGUGUUAUCUGCUGUGUUGGACGCCAUACAGUGUGGUGGCCAUAAUGGCCACGUUUGGCCCACCGGGAAUCAUUACACCUGUUGCAAGCAUAAUUCCCUCUGUACUUGCCAAGAGCAGCACAGUCAUCAACCCAAUUAUAUACAUCUUCAUGAACAAACAGUUCUACAGAUGUUUCCUGAUGCUGCUAGGAGUUAAGGAAAGGUCAGGAGUGACCGAGAGUCAGUAUAUAACAGUCACUAAGAACACCGUGAUGCAGCUGGAAAGAAUUGUGAACAGAGAUCCGGAGGCCUGUACAGCACAUGCUCCGGCCCUCCUGCGGGAACACAGAUGUAGCAUAAUCGCUACAGAGCAAAGCAGCACAAACUAAAUUAACACACCACAUGCAGUGAUUCAUACUACAGUCUCUGUGCUCGGUCUCUGUCUGUGACUCUGUCAAGGACUUCACAGAAUUGUGGCAUCUUUUUUUUGUCAUAUUCUUUCUUUUGUGUGUUGACAAUGGCGUUUCAGACACUACUUUUGUACUGUAUUAAAAAAUGUCUUAUUUCUGAGUCUAUUGAGAACAUUGAGAUCUGUUGCCUAGCGACUUUUUCAACACUUUUCGCUAGUCGAUUUAGAACCAUUCCUUUGUGAUAACAGACAGAAAUACAGCUAUGUUUAUAGUGUCCUGCAAUGGAGGGCUGAGUGAAUCCUGUGGAUAUAUUGAGAGCACUCGGUGUGAAGAUUGUAAGAUGAAUAAAUGAGUGGUGCAUUUGUCCAGUGUUCUAGGUCUGUAUGAAUGUGUUUAGAUAAAAAAAAAACUGUGUGUAGACCUAAGUUAGUUGAAUUAAUGAUGUAACCUGUUAUGAAAAUA